AUGGCUGACGUUAAAGAAGAGUUUGAGAAGAUAUCGUUAGAGUUCACCACAUUACAAAACAGCUUGAAUGAGUUAAUAAAUGGUAGAUCCAAGUUAGAGACUCAGUUCCAAGAGAAUAAGAUUGUGGCCAGCGAAUUUGAUAAGCUCAAUGAAGAUUCCAAGAUAUAUAAGUUGACAGGGCCCAUUUUGAUGCCUCAAGAUUAUAGCGAAGCUAAGACCAAUGUUACUAAGCGUAUUGAGUUUAUAGAGGGUGAGAUUAAAAGGGUGGAAUCCAAGAUCAACGAGACAGAACAAAAGAUGGAAACAACCAGAGAUCAAUUACUUCAAAUCAGAAUGAAAAUGGGUCAAUAA